AUGUCUGUGGUCUAUCAAGAGCUUGGCCCUCCAUUACUACAAGGUGUCUUGAAGGACCGACCUAUUCCGUCUGUAACGGAUGCUGGUCGUGGGUACUCCGUGUCGGCUACUCGAAGGAAACCUGAACCCCUGAAGGUACCUACCCGUAUGAUUGAAUCAUUGUCUAACUUACAAAAAAAGAAAACCCCCAGCAAGAAUUUGAUUAUGCCGCCUGAACCCCCUCUCCGAGGUCCCAACUGCCCUGAAAUUAAUUUCGACGAUACCCAGGCUUCUCGCCAUAACGGUCGGAAGAAGCGGAAUGCCAAGCGUAGACGCCGAAGGGAUCUCCAAAGGAAGGUUCACAAGAAGGUCCAGAGAGUUGUCGCCUCCGCCUUGCCGUGGCCUCGGUUGAUCGCUAUGUUGUCUGUCAAAGAGCCCUUGACCAACGACGAAUUGGCUGCUGAUGGGCUACCGACAAAAAUGCCGAUUCCCGACUCUUGGCUACCCCCGGUCCCACGGCCUGGCGAUAUUGGAACGCUGUGGCCCCCGAGUGGAGUCACUACGGAUGAUAUGGUGGACGAUGAUAUCUCUGGUGCCCUUAGAUUCGCGGUCCCCGACCUCACUGAUGAGGUCCCUCGUGUUAUACUUCCAUCUAUUGACCUUUCUGUGUAUCCCAAUAAAAAAAGAUUUGCUAAAUUAU